AUGGUUAGAGCUUUGAAACAUCAUGAGAAGAAACUACUCAAGAAAGUAGACUUUCUUGAUUGGAAACAAGAUCAAGGACAUAGAGAUACUCAAGUUAUGAGAACUUAUCAUAUACAAAAUAGAGAAGAUUAUUUUAAAUAUAACAAAAUAUGUGGUGAUAUACGUAAAUUAGGUCAUAAAUUAUCUAUGCUAAAACCAACAGAUCUGUUUAGAAUAAAACAUGAACAACUAAUAUUGGAAAAGUUAUAUAAUAUGGGUAUAUUAGCCACUAAAUCAAAAAUAUCAGAUUUAGAAAAUAAAGUUACUGUUAGUGCUAUAUGUAGAAGAAGGGUUGGUGUUGUUAUGUGUAGAUUAAAAAUGUCAGAAUCAUUGACUGAUGCAAUUAAAUUUAUUGAACAAGGUCAUGUUAGAAUUGGACCUAAUAUAAUAACAGAUCCAGCUUAUUUAGUAACUAGAAACUUAGAAGAUUAUCUCACAUGGGUAGAUAAUAGUAAAAUCAAAAAGAACUUGCUUAAAUAUAAGAACAAAAUUGAUGAUUAUGAUCUUAGUUAG